AUGGAUCCAGCAAGCCUGUCAGAAGAAGAGAUCAGUUACGAACUGGCCUUGCGCCACGUAAACAAUCUCGGAGCACUUCCUCGCAGGGCUAGAGCCGUUCGCUUGCGUGCUCUUAUGCAGGAGGAUGAGAUAAAAGGAAUACUUUACGACAAUUCCUCCCACGUUAUGGAUGUGGGGGACAAUAUCAGUCAAUGUCAAUCUCGCGUGCGCGAAUUAAUACCCGAAGUGGAAGCAGCAUUGAAACGCGGUGAUCUCCCAGCAGUUCGUUUACUACGGUCGCGGUUAGUGCACUAUCGGGACAGACUAUCCAUCGUGGAUCCACCGGUAGCUUGCCUCGACACACACGCAGCCGUGGCGCUUUUAGUGCAGUUUUCCCUGGAAGAUGUGGACGAUGCGCUAGGAAGAACGAAGAAAAGUGCCAGACCAGUGAACAGUGACAGUGCCAACAGAAGCAGUACCGGUGCAGUUCCAAAAGUGACUACGCAAUCUUCGACCAUGACUGAAGCAGACUUCUUAGGAUUCGACGAGAAUGGAAAUCCAGUCAACCAUUCGGGUACAUCGAAUCAAGCGUCCAUCAUCCACGCUGAGCGACAACAGCGACAUACAGCAUCUCCAGUGACCGAUCCAACAGCAGCUAGACCUCAACGCGACAGCUCAACACUCCACGACAACGAGAGAGGCGCUGCAUCAUUGGAAGCCAUGCGUACCACGCGAGGAAGAGGUUGGAGCGCGGUUGGUCAGCGAGUCGUCCCGAACAACAGGUUUGAAGCGCAGAAAAACUCCAGCUGGCGAGAACCAACAAUGGGCAGCAGCAUUCCACCACCGCCAUAUGAACCGAUAAGAACCGAAGCGGGCGAAGCUGAUGCGAGAGGUGACUACAACCAACUGCGGGCCGAUCUACUGCGACAGCUGAACUACAGGCCGCAAGAACACGUUCCAAGACCGCUGUUAGAAGAAAGAAGAACGUUGAAGGCCAUCCAUAACUGGCCGUUCAGAUACAAAGGCGAGAAGGAUGGGUCGUCGCUGAACACCUUUCUGCAACGUGUGGAGAUUUUCGCUGCAUCGGAAGGAGUAACGGAGGAUGUGCUGCUGAGGAACGUCAAACAUCUGCUUCUGGACGACGCGCUCAACUGGUACAGCAAUGUAUACGUGUCGGGAGAGUUGGUAACCUGGGACGAUUUCAAGCGGCUGAUCAGGCAAGAGUUCUUGCCGGCGAGCUACGCCUACAUUCUGCGGGCCGAAGCAUACCACCGCUUACAGGGCGAGGAAGAGCCGUUCUCUAAAUUCUACCAGGAUAUAUCCACUCUCUUCCAAUACGUGGAUCCUCCGGUGACCGAUCAAGAGAAGCUGUUCAUUAUCAAGAAGAACAUGAACUCCACGUACGCUCCGAUUGCCGCAUCACACCACUCCAUACGCUUGCUGGUGAAGGCGUGCAAGGAACUAGACGAACUCCGGAAACUACAACAUCAGCAGCGACGGAUAUCGCUACCGUAUGGGGCACUGAUUGAACCAGCGCUGGCUACUCCAAACUCUUCGCUGCGCCCGUCGAAGCCACAGCCACCGCUCCAAAGAUUUGGAAAGGUCCACGCUUUGGAAACGGAAAGCUUCCACAGCUAUGGAGAGAGCAGUUCGCAAACAGCCUACGGUGCAGAAGCAGAACAAGUGUCGCAGGACGAAGAAAAGAUGGAUCAGCGGAUGGAAGUCCUGUUACAACAGGUGAACGCGUUGAAGCUGAGAUUCGACCGUCGAGAAGCAGUAGGAAGACAGUCGCCCAACCAACAGUUCCCACAAAUGCCAGCGAGCAAUCCUAACAACCAUCGCCAAGUUCCUGAGGCAAACAACGCUCGAGAUCCACCGGCGGCGAUGAUCUGCUGGAACUGUGACGAAGGGGGACACCGGUUUAUGGACUGCGCCAAACCCCAGGCAUUGCCCGACCUGUCUUCAACGCUCGGGAAACGCGCAAGCGGGGAGCCAGUAACAGAGGGUAGGACAUCCUCGCCUCAAUUCGACGAUCCCUCUACAAUUCCUGACCUAGUUCAGAUCAACUCACUGAUCAUCAACCCCGACAACGACAAUCGUCCGCACGCAGUGGUAGACAUACUCGGGAAACAAGUUACCGGAUUACUCGACAGCGGUGCCAACUGUUCGAUUCUAGGAGGCGACAACGUAAAGAUGGCGCAGGAGCUAGGCUUGCAGCAAAUAGCUCUGGUAGGAGGCAUCAAGACGGCAGACGGAACUGAGCAUCGCAUACAAUCGUACACCCGAUUGCCGAUAGCCUACAACAACAAAAAUGAAGUCGUGUCGAUGUUGCUCCUUCCCACGUUGCCGACCUGUGUGAUCUUCGGGAUGAACUUUUGGAACGCCUUUAGCAUAAAACCUGUGUGCUGCACGAUAAACCUGGAGACUGAAAAGGAGGUCGCGCCGCAACAAGAAUCCAUUAAGCCGUUGUCAGAAGAAGAGAAGCAGAUACUGGACGAAGCCAUAAGCCACUUCCCGAAGGCCGAACCCGGAAGACUCGGAAGAACAGACCGGUACGUACAUCGAAUCGACGUUGGAGAAGCGAAGCCACGAAAACAACGCUAUUAUCCCAUGUCCAAGUACGUUCUCGACGAGGUGAAUAAGGAGAUCGACCGGAUGCUGGAGCUCGACGUGAUAGAAGAGGCACUAUUCUCGCCGUGGAACAAUCCGCUGGUUGCCGUGAAGAAGAAGACCGGUCAGUACCGUGUCUGUCUAGAUGCCCGUCACCUUAACUCGGUGAUGGUAAACGAGGGGUAUCCCAUCCCACAGAUAUCGGCAAUCAUGAACAACCUCAGUGGAUGCACCUACAUCUCGGCGAUCGACCUAAAAGAUGCCUUCUGGCAAAUGCCAUUGGAAGAGAAAUCCCGGCCGGUGACAGCUUUUACAGUGCCGCAAAGAGGUCACUUCCAGUUCAAGGUCGUCCCCUUCGGACUGUGUACAGCGAGUCAAGCGCUGGCACGGCUGAUGACGCACAUCUUCGCCGACCUGGAACCUCACGUGUUCCACUACCUGGACGAUAUAAUCAUCUGCUCACGCACCUUCGACGAGCACAUCAAGCUGAUGAAGGAAGUGGCAAAGCGGCUAAGGGACGCUGGACUGACUAUCUCCGCCGAAAAGUCGAAGUUCUGCCUGGAGGAGAUGAAGUACCUGGGAUAUGUGCUGAAUCAAAGCGGAUGGAACGUAGAUCAGGAGAAGAUUGAGUGCAUCGUGCGUUUCCCAGCUCCGCAAUGCAGGAAGGAGGUACAGCGGUUUUUAGGAAUGUGCAACUGGUACCGCAGGUUCAUUGCGAACUUCUCCAGAAUCGCAGUACCGCUGACAGAGCUGACGAAGACGAAAACCAAGUUCCGGUGGACGAAAGAUGCAGAAGACGCGUUCCUGAAACUCAAAUCAGCCUUGGUAGCAGCACCAGUUCUAGCGAUGCCUGAUCACACGAAACCGUUUGCCAUUGCAUGCGAUGCGAGCGAUGUAGCGAUUGGUGCGGUACUGACGCAGGAGACAGACGGGGAAGAACAUCCUAUUGCCUACUUCUCCCAGAAACUAUCCUCGUCAGAGCGAAAGUAUUCUGUGACAGAACGUGAAUGUUUGGCCGUCAUCCGGGCGAUAGAGAAGUUCAGAGGGUACGUAGAGGGCACGAAGUUCACGGUACACUGCGAUCACUCUGCCUUGAGCUAUCUGAGAUCAAUGAAGAACCCUACAGCACUCAUGAGUCGCUGGAUACUCAGAUUGAACGCCUUCGACUUCGACAUCAAAUACCGGAAGGGAGAAAUCAACACGGUACCGGAUGCUUUGUCUAGAAUUGUCAGCACGAUGGUCUUCGCUGCAGAUGCUUCCGUCGAUCAGUGGUACCAGAAGUUAACGGAACGAGUGCAGCAAGACGGGGCUAAGUUUCCGGACUUCCGUCUGGUGAACCAAGAGCUUUACAAGAACUGCAGCUGUAGGAAUGAAGAAGGCGCGCGGACACACCGGUGGAGGAAGGUUGUCCCGCUCAAUCAGCGAGCUGAAGUGAUUGCGAAGUUCCACGACUCAACAUCAGGAGCCCAUCUCGGAUUCCAGAAGACUUGGCAGAAGCUGCAGAACCACUUUUACUGGCCGAAGAUGAUGGAGGACGUCGCACGGUACGUGAGGGGAUGCGAGACAUGCAAAGCCAGCAAAGCGCCGAACAGAACAAUGAUGCCGAACAUGGGUGGUCCCAAACCUGCCCGUGUACCUUGGGAAUUGGUGUCGGUCGACUUCGUAGGUCCUUUCACUCGCUCUCGUGCCGGAAACACAGUGAUGCUCGUCGUAGUGGACUGGGUGACGAAAUACGUUGUCGUUCAUCCGAUGAGAUCUGCGGACUCCGUCAAAAUGGUGGAAUUCCUAGAACAGCAAGUCUUCCUACGCUACUCUCGACCACGGAUCAUUCUCUCGGACAACGGGAAGCAGUUUCUGUCGGCUGCCUUCAAAGCGUUGAUCGCUAAACACAACAUCAUUCACAUGAAGACUGCGUUCUACUGUCCGAUGGUGAACAAUGCCGAGAGAGUGAACAGAGUCCUCAUCACCUGCAUACGAGCCCUGUUGGAUGAAGAUCACCGAGGCUGGGACGAAAACCUGCAAGCGAUCGUAGCAGCCAUCAACGGAGCGAAGCACGAGGCGACCGGUGUCAGCCCGCACUAUGCGAACUUCGGUAGGGAGCUGAUACUGCACACUGAUCUGUAUACUCAGCAGGAGUUGAACACGCCCGACGAUCCGAAAGUGGCGCAGGACGUACGGCUAUCGGCGAUUCGUCGCAUCCACCAGUUCAUCAUCCAGCGCAUAAAGAACAACCACGAAAAGACGAAGCAGCGAUACAAUCUGCGGACACGCGACAUCGUUUUCAAGGUUGGUGAUCUCGUCUGGCGUAGAACCUUCACGCAGUCUUCCAAGGUGGAUCACAUCAACCGCAAACUCGACUCCAAAUUCGCUCCGGCGACGGUGGUGAAGAUCCUAGGAAGCAAUCUCUACGUGCUGGAAGACGUGAAGGAUGGCAAGCGAGGACAGUAUCAUGCCAAGGACAUAAAGCCAGAUUAA